CUCCGUGUUUGCUUAUUUGCCGAAGAGCAAUUCGCCAAUUCCGCCGCCCUACGUCGCUUGAUUGCGCUCGUUGAAGAAGUAGAAGGCCCAAAAGCCGUGACUUAUGUCUCAUGAAGAAGCACCUGCUCAAAUAAAGUUCUUGUUGAGUCACUGGUGUGAUACCCCUAUAAGAUACACCCUGAGCAAAUUCAUACUCCGUAAACAAUAGCACCCCUUCCGAUCUUCGGCUUAUCCGCUAAACUUUUGCUAAAAAGCAAUCUUGAAAACAGAGAGCUCCUCCAAUCCAGGCGGUCUUCCUCCAGGCAGCAGCAGCAGUGUCACGACGGCAACGAUCAGCAGCAGCAGCUUGGUCCGGCAACGAUAAUUAUUGUUUCAGCAAGGUUUGCCGAUACGGAGUGCGGCCGACUGCCAGACUAAGAAUUGGAGAUCAAGACUCCCACCAGCAAUUCACCGGGCAUUUUGCUCUUGCAAUGGAUUAUUCGAGUACAGGAGUUUCGACAUCCACGGAGACCGAUCCAGAUGAUAAAGAUGAUGUUUUUCCGCUGGAUAAACUAUCUUUAGGGCUAACCAAGUUGCAUGAACUUCCCAUUCCUAAAACAGAGAAUAGAACAUAUGUAGUUCUCGUAUCUACUGGCAGUUUCAACCCUCCUACUUAUAUGCAUUUGCGUUGCUUUGAGCACCUUCUUGGAAUACCUGUGAAUGACCUGGACGAGAGCUAGAAUGGAGCAACGAGUUGAAUCGGUGGAGAAUAGUGUUCAGGAUCUGUGGACGGUGGUUGACGAAGUGCGGAACUGGAUGCUGAACUUGGACCAUCGGAUGUGUGAAGAUGGAUGAAUUGCGGAAUUUGGUAACACACCAGAAGCAACAUCGGUCGUGACUCGUGAGGAAGAUUACGAACACCAAGGAGAAAGGAACAUGACACAAGUCAGAAGUCCUCAGCCAAAGGAGAGCUGGCAAGAGACACAUUGAGUUCACAAGGAUUCUGCGUCAUUGGAGGUUACAUGUCACCCGUGAAUGAUGCGUAUAAAAAAAAGGGUCUUAUAUCCGCCAAACAUCGGAUUGCAAUGUGUCAUCUGGCUUGUAAGAGCUCCGAGUUUGUAAUGGUGGAUCAGUGGGAGGCAAGUCAGAAUACCUAUCAGCACACAUUGACAGUUUUGUCUAGAAUCAAGCUCUCAUUACUGAACAGUGGAUUGCUAUCAGAUUCCCUCAAGGUUAUGCUCGUAUGUGGGUCGGAUUUGCUAAAAUCUUUUAGCACUCCAGGAGUUUGGAUACCUGAGCAUGUCAGGACAAUAUGUAGAGACUUUGGAUUGGUUUGUGUUCGAAGAGAUAGUCAGGAUGUUGAUAAGAUUAUUACUGAUGAUGACAUCUUAAAUGCGUACAAGGCCAAUAUCAAAAUCGUAGAUGAGGUAGUGCCGAACGGUGUCAGUUCUACAGGGUUGAGGGAUUGCAUCUUGAAGAGGUUGUCAAUAAAAUAUUUGACUGCAGAUGAGGUGAUUGGCUAUAUAGAGAAGCACAAUCUCUACCAUGUCCAAAUUUGAGUUGAUUCUUCUGGAAACUCACUGAGAUGAGGCGUCUUGCUCUAUAUUGCAGUGUGAGCUGGGGAAAAAUAAUACCAUCUAUGUUCCAUAUUAUUGUUCCCAUUCUCUAAAUCUCCAAUUAUAUAUAUAUAGAAUAUUUAUCAUAUCCAAAAUUUGUUUUUGCGGUCUUGUAGAGCUUUUAGUGUAUUUAUAAUACAUGCAAACAUCAAUUACUAAUAAUAAAAUGAAUCCUCAAACAAAUCCCAUAAUCAUGCUAAAACUAAGAUGGGCGGAAGGAAUGUAAUACAAGAGUUCACGUUGGAAACACAAAUGCAAAUAGAAUUAUUCAUCAUUCAC